CCACCAAGCCAGCUCAGUCAGCUUCCCUUCCUCGGCCUGGCUGGCAACGCGAGAGGCCUCCGGGCAUACCACUGUCGACACACCGGGCAGCGGUGCUGCUCAAAGACGUGAAACGACUCAAAGUUGAGCAGACACGUCUUGUGAAACACGUGGCUGCAGCUCAGCAGCAGCACCGCCUUGCCCCGGUGGUACUCCUGGAAGCAGAUGGAGCACUCCUCCUCGUCCCUCUCCAAUGCCCUGCGCUUGGCACUCGCCCACUCCUCCGCUGUCACGUCUAGACGAAAUGGCGGCAGUGGCUGCUGCUGCUGUUCUGCUGGUGGUGGUGGGCCUGCCGGUGCUGCCGCUGCUGUGUUCGGUGGUGCGGCGGCUCUCUGUGGCGAUUGGCGGCGAUGGGUGACGGGCAGAGAGGGGACGAGGGAGAGCUGGGGAUACAGAGUGGAGAACCGCUGCAGGUCCUCACGCAGUAUCUGAACAGACAAACAGCCACCCACCCACACAAUCAGAGACGUGAUCUGAUCUGAUCGGUCUGGAUGCAAUGCAUCAUUCAUGUCAGCUCACCCUGGAGCUCUCCUGCACGGACUGGUCGAUGUCUGAGAGGAACUUGUCGAGUGCGUCCUGCCGCUCAUCGCACCGCCUCAGCACCUGACGGCUGAGGCCUGCCAGCGCCCUCCCGUAGCACUUGCGCUCGAACGAGCUCAGCUCAUCACCACAGCCAGACGGAUCGCUCGACGUCAGAAAUGUGCUGCUGGUGAGCUCAUCGCGAACGCGACCACGGAAGCGCUGACGGACCUCCUGAGAUAGAGAGAGCCAAAAAAAAAGGGUUUCAUCGGUCUGUCUGUCCGGCCGUGUGUGUGUGUGUGCUAAGCCAACCGACCUGUGUGGUUUGUCGUCGGAUGCAAUGCCCCCUCCAGGCCUUCUGUAUCCUCGUCGCGCACUUGUGUCGCCACACGAGGAAGCCACCAUGGUGCGGCCGACGCUGGUACGACGCUCGCCGGCAGAUGGGGCAGCAGCGGGUCUGUGCAAAGCGCUCAAAGCUCGCCAGACACCGCUUGUGGAAAACAUGGGAGCAACUGAGGAUCACCUGAGGGCUGCAUUAAUGGACAUAUGGACACCCACAGGCACACAGGUCAAAGGCAGAAAUUGAUGGCAUGGCACCGUGAUCGAUCGCCUUGGUCUCAUCUGCUGCAUCGCAUCCAUCGCUGACUGACCUGUCUGCAAAUUCCUCCAGGCAGAUGGCGCACGGCUUGUGGCUCUCCUGUCUGGCCUCUGAAGUCUCCCUCACGGCCUCCCACUGCGAGUCCGUCAGGGGCGGGGGUGGCGCAGGCACCAGCUGCAGCCUCUCUGCCAGCGACAGGCUUUUCUCAUAAACCCGAAAGUCCCUCUUAGUCGCGUCGGACACCACAUCUGUCACACCCUUAUCAGUAUCGGCUGACGGCCGGCAUCCCGACAGGCACGCGGAGGCCGCCGAUGAGAGAGAGGAAGAGGGUUUGCGUCUGUGUCUGUGCUGAUGCUGCAGGGACGCUCCCCUCUCUGUGGUGGGCGGUUGCCGUGGCCUGGAGUGUGCCUGCAGCGGUCGUGAGAGGGCGGCUACUGCUGCUGGCUUGCUGAGGGACUUCAUCAGGUGGUCUUGGAACGCCGCCGCCCAACAGCCGCUGCUCGACGACGAUGGCAUGCCGGACGGAUGACUUGAUGAUGCCUUUCUCGUCUUCAUGGGCGGGGCGGGGUUGUCACUGCAGACAGCACCAGGUGGCACGUGUUGCGACUCCCAUAAUAAAAUCGCCGUCACACAGCUCAGCUGGCUGCACCGUCAAUUCAAUAGCGUGGUCUCCCUUCGGCCCUUUCUCGUGUGCAGACGUCUGCCAGAGUCUUCCAUGCCUCCUGGACGACAUCGUGCGGAUUCAUGUUCCUCUUGAUGGCCUCUUGCGUUGCCAUGUGCGGCCGACUGAGCCGCAAACACGCCUGCUGAAGGGCGGCCACGCUCGCCGAGUCGACAUUCUUGACGACUUGAGGCUCGUUGCUCGCUGUGCCGCGGUGGUGUGUCGGUCGAGGCGGCGAAGGCGAAUCGGACGAUGCACUCGCCAUUUCCGUCGUCUUCAC